AUGGAGAUACAGCAAGAGUUGGAGUGGGCCCAAGCCCAAAACUUAGUCUUAAGCAAAGACCUCAUAGCCACCGCAAAACAACAGCUUCUGUUUCUGGCCGAGGUUGAUAGAAACCUUUGCCUUUAUGAUGGCCCAGUUUUACACAGAGCUAACUACAGGUACAAAUAUUGUUGGCUUCCUUUACUAGCCAAACAUGCUGAGUCACCUGUGACAGAAUACCCUUUGGUUGUGCCUCUUGAUUGCGAAUGGAUUUGGCACUGUCAUAGGCUUAAUCCGGUGCGCUACAAGACUGACUGCAUGGAACUAUAUGGGAGAAUACUUGAUGGUUGGAAUGUGGUUUCUUCAACUCAGGGAACCAGCAAAGAGGAAACUGAAAAAAUUUGGGAGACAAUGUAUCCAAAGGAGCCAUAUGAACUUGAUCUGAACAACGACUCAAUGCAGGAAUUUGCUGAAAAUUUAAUGGAAGCGAAAGAAACUACCACCAACUAUGAUCUGAUUUCAGCUGUUAAAAGACAAACUACUUUCCUCUAUCAGGUUUCGAAACCUUACUGGAAUGAUGAUACUUUUCUUGAAGGAGCUGUGGCUCGAUACAAGGGGUUUCUGUAUUUGAUCAAGAGGAAUAGAGAGAGGUCUAUACACCGCUUCUGUGUUCCAACCUAUGACAUUGACCUCAUCUGGCACUCUCACCAAUUGCAUCCUGCUUCUUACUAUAAUGAUCUAAUGGCAAUUAUGGGAAAGGUGUUAGAACAUGAUGACACAGAUUCUGAUCGGACCAAAGGGCAAAAGCUGGAUGUUGGAUUUUCUGAAACCACCACACAGUGGGAAGAUGCAUUUGGCUCAAGAUACUGGAAAGCAGGAGCAAUGUACAGGGGUAGUCCCCCAUCUCCUCUUACUGUUGAUAAGUAUAAAAUAGAUUCUAUACAUAACAGUUCAGCACCAUCCAAUAAGACAAACCAGAAUCUGAUUCAGCUUCCACAGAAAAUGCUUGUGGAGGUGAUGCUUGAGAUUGUUGAUGUGAGAAACUUACCAUCCGGGCACAAAGGCAAGCUAGUUGUAUCCUUCAACAAGAAACAAGAAGAUAUACUUUUCAAUACCAAGAAACAAUUAAGCAUUUCCUCUGGGUUACAAGGGAAACAAGUUGCUGUUUUCCAAUGUGAAAGUAGUGGAGACUUAGUCCUUGAACUCAUUUCCCAACCAAGUUUCAACUUCAGAACGGUGAGGGCAGCCAAAGUAUUGGGAAAAACUUCAAUCAAUCUGGAGGAUUUGCAAAAUUUAGCAUCUAAACUGCCAAUAGAGAAGUGGUUAGAUUUAACAUCUGCACUCAAUUGUAGAAAGCCUAUCAGUAUUCGCAUUGGUUUCUCUUUAACUCCUCCAGUUCCAGCACCAUAUGAGGUGCAGAUGAUUUCGUUGCAUCCAUUCACAGGAAGUUAUUUUUCCUUCCUGAUGCCCAGAAAGUUUAAGCAAAUUAAAAAUUGGACAAAGGUUGCGGAUGACGCUGGCAAUGAGAUCAUCAGAAUUCAGAAAGGGAUCAGGACAACUGAGAAGACAAAGAUUAAUACCAACAAAGAAGUGAUUGGGAAGAUUGCGUCUGGUGAAACUCAUCUUCUUGCAGAGUUAGAGGGAACAAUGUGGUCUAUGGUGAACUCUGACUGGAUGUUACAGAUAAAGAAGACUAGUGAUGAACAUAAACAUAUAUUUGAGCUCACAGGCACUCAUAAGGUGAUUAUUUUUCCAGGUAGAAAGUUGGAGUUUGGAACUAGAUACUAUGGAAAUGAAGAAGGAAAUUGCUUAAUGACAGCAAUAGAAUUCUCUAAAAAAUAUCCUUAUGAGAAAGCAGUGGCUUUGAUUUAUUUGACAUAUGGAUUUCUAGAGAUCAAGGAAGAGUGGCUGGUAUUGCCUGCUAUAUUAUCUGCAUUUAUUCUCUCUAAUUUUCCUGAUUUCAGUAAUCAAAGUACGGAAGUGAACAAGACUAAUGCAUAAAAAGAAAAUAAAAUCAGAAAAGCAGUGGACAAAACACAGACACGGAAUCUUGGCAAAUGUUAUGUCCCUUUCUCUAGAAAAGUUCCCAGGAUGGGCCACUGGUCCAUAAAAGCCACUGCUAUUUCAUGUAACUCACUCGUCUGCCAUGCACAGUUAUACAAUAAAAAGUUCUUGGAAGUUUUGACUAUGUACGAUAGGAUGACUUUUUAAGAGCU